AUGCGGAACAUGCCCUACGUCAUGGCUGUGGAGCACAUUACGGAGAUUGUCAACAGUCCUGAGAUGUCUUUCACCGGUGAGAAUGCCGUGGAACUUUUCAUCAAGCUGUACUCUCUGUUCACACAGCCCCGCCCCCGGCUGCUACAGGGAUGA